UACAACUGUCGUAUGUUUAGUUUUUGGAGUGAUGGCGGAAAACGUAGAUGGAGAGAACACUGGUCUCGGAGAGAACAGGAUGGCACUACAGCAGGCCUUACGUUUUCAUGGCCCUGCUCCACCGCCUAGCACAGUAUUGCGAGGACCUCCUCCAUUACUACGACCUCCGCCCUUCGGUAUUAUGAGAGGACCCCCACCACCCCCCAGACCCCCUUUUGGACGUCCACCAUUUGACACCAAUAUGCCACCUAUACCUCCGCCUGGAGCUUUGCCCCCACCCAUUGGACCCCCACACCUGCAGAGGCCACCAUUCAUGCCUCCACCCAUCGUAAACAUGCCUCCUCCUCCUGGAAUGAUCUUUCCGCCUGGAAUGCCUCCAUCACCUGCAGCUGGAGGAGCUUCGAGUGUGCCUAAUGAAGAUAUCUGGGUAGAGAACACCACGCCAGAGGGAAAGGUAUAUUACUACAAUUCCCGAACACGUGAGUCUGCCUGGACGAAACCAGAGGGCGUGAAGAUCAUCCAGCAGUCGGAGCUUAAUCCUCUGGCAGCUCAGUCUGGUGGAGCUGCAGCAGCUCCAAACAGCGCUGUCUCCACUGCAACUAGCAGCACUGCUACAGCUGUGCCUGCCUCAGUCUCCACCCAGAGCUUGUCCCCCACCCACACUCUCAGCACCAGCCCUGACCCCAGCACCAGCCCAACCCCUGCCACCUCCCAGCCCUCCAACUCAUCUGGUGUUACUGAAAUGCCUCCAGUGGCCUCUACCCCGCCUGCCAGUGUGGCUGUGACGCCUGUCGCUGUGGUCAGUGUUCCUACGGUAACGGCUACUGUUACUACAGUGCAGACAAUGCCACUGUUACAUCAAAGUCUCCCUCCAGGCCUGCCUGUGGCCCAGCCGCCUGCUGCAAUCCCAGGAUUUCCCUCAGUUAUGGUACCUCCAUUCAGAGUUCCUCUGCCUGGAAUGCAUAUCCCACUGCCAGGUAUGCUGCCGGGUAUGGUCCCUCCUCUAGUACCCAUGAUGCACCCACAACUGACGAUCGCUGCUUCUCCUGCAUCUCUGGCGAGGGCUUUUCCUCUUCCUGAAUGGACUGAGUACAAGACAGCCGAUGGAAAGAUCUACUAUUACAACAAUCGUACACUGGAGUCCACCUGGGACAAACCCGCAGAGCUGAAAGAAAGAGAUAAGGAGCGUGACAACGCUAAAGAUCGUCAGACUGAUGAUGAUUCAGAAUCCAAGGAUGUAGACAUGGAAGCCAAAGUUGACCCCUUUGGCAUGCCAAAAGAAUUGCCCAGAGAGGAAGAGAUGACCGAGGAAGAAAAAGCAGCACAGAAGGCCAAACCUGUAGCCACAAACCCUAUUCCUGGUACUCCCUGGUGUGUGGUCUGGACUGGAGAUGAACGUGUAUUUUACUACAACCCAACCACACGACUCUCCAUGUGGGACAGACCAGAGGAGCUGGUGGGCCGGGCUGAUGUUGACAAAUACAUUCAAGAGCCCCCCCACAAAAGGGGGCAAGAUAACAACAAGAAAAUAGGCAUCAGCAAAGAGAGUCUUGAGACUGAGCCAUUUACAGAAGAGAACCUGGAAGAUGAGCCUUCUAAGGCUAAGAAGAGGAAGAAGGACGAUGCAAAGGAGAUGGAGGCAGAGAAAGAUGCGUCCGUGGAAGCCGAGCUGAAGGCUGCUCGUGAUCGGGCACUGGUGCCCCUAGAGGCCCGCAUGAACCAGUUCAGGGACAUGCUGCUGGAGAGAGGGGUUUCAGCUUUCUCCACCUGGGACAAGGAGCUGCACAAGAUUGUGUUUGACCCUCGAUAUCUGCUGCUCAACCCCAAAGAGAGGAAACAGGUGUUUGAUCAGUAUGUGAAGACUCGUGCUGAAGAGGAGAGGAAGGAGAAGAAGAAUAAACUCAUGCAGGCUAAGGAUGACUUCAGGAAGAUGAUGGAAGAUGCCAAACUUAACAUUAGGACAACGUUCAGUGAGUUUGCGUCCAAACAUACUAAGGAUCCUCGUUUCAAGGCCAUUGAGAAGAUGAAAGAAAGAGAAGCCAUGUUCACAGAGUAUAUGAUGGCUUGGAGAAAGAAGGAAAAAGAAGACUCCAAGAACAAAGUAGAUAAGGUGAAGCAGGACUUCUUUGAUUUACUGUCAGACCAUCAUGUGGACAUCUCACAGCGCUGGAGCAAAGUAAAGGACAAGCUGGAGACAGACCAGCGCUACAAAGCCGUGGAGAGCUCAACCGCUAGAGAAGAACUGUACCAACAGUAUGUGGAGAAGCAGGCGAAGAGUGUGGACUCUGAGAAGGAGAAGGAGCUGGAGAGACAGGCUCGUAUCGAGGCCAGUCUGAGGGAGAGAGAGCGGGAAGUGCAGAAAGCUCGAUCUGAACAGACAAAAGAAAUUGACAGAGAGAGAGAGCAGUACAAACGAGAGGAGGCCAUACAGCACUUCAGAGCUCUCAUGUCUGAUAUGGUAAGGUCAACCGAUGCUUCCUGGUCAGAAACAAGGCGCAAUCUGCGUAAAGACCAUCGGUGGGAGACGGCCUCUCUGUUGGAGCGACAUGAGAAGGAGAAACUGUUCGAGGAACAUGUAGAGGCUCUUACCAAGAGGAAGAAGGAACAUUUCAGGCUGCUAUUAGAUGAGACCUCUAUGAUCACCCUGACGACCACAUGGAAAGAGGUGAAGAAGAUCAUCAAAGAAGACCCACGCUGUAUAAAGUUCUCCAGCAGUGAUCGAAAAAAACAACGGGAAUUUGAAGAUUACAUAAAGGACAAAUACAUCACAGCCAAAGCUGACUUUAGAAGUCUCCUGAAAGAAACAAAAUUCAUCACAUACAGAUCACGGAAGCUCAUGCAGGAUUCAGACCAACACCUGAAGGACAUUGAGAAAGUCUUACAGAAUGAUAAACGUUACCUGGUCCUCGAGUGUGUUCCAGAGGAACGGCGCAAACUCAUCAUGUUCUAUAUUGAGGAUCUGGACCGCCGGGGACCCCCACCGCCCCCAACGGCCUCAGAACCCACCCGCCGCUCAACAAAGUGAGGUACUACUGGCUGCUAAAGGACUUGAGCACGAGUGGCCCUGCGUUCAUCAUAGCACAGUGUUAAAAGACAUCAUGUAACUUUGAAACAUCUAUGUUACCUACUCAAACUGUGCUCAAAGUACGCCCUCUGGUUGUAGGCUAGUUGUUCAAGGGAUAGUUCACCCAAACACGAAAAUUAUGUUCUCCUGUUGUUACAAACCUGUAUGAUGUUCUAUCCUCUGUGGAACACAAAAGUGACCAUUCUCCAUUUGUGUUCCACAAAAGAAAGUCAUACAGGUUUGGAACAAUAGGGCGAUUAAAUAACCAUUUUCAUCUUUGGGGGAACUAAUCCUUUAAUGUCAAUCUUUGAACCUGCAGGGUUAAAUGUAUUCACGCUUGGUACUGAAGCCCAUUGUGGCAAUGAUGUGGAGUAUCAAUUUAAGUACGCUGCUAAUAUGACAUGGCAAUGCAGGAGAGAGUGAAUCGAGUCGUGCACCUUCCAAUCCAUGUGUAUAUGAAAUGUUUCUUAAAGUGGUUUGAUUCAGACAUGUUGCUAGAUUUCUGUGUGUGUUAACUGGAAAUAAAUGCAAAAUUUUUUGUUUUUUUUAGCAGUUGUGUUUUCUUGUUUUCUGUCACUGAACUCAAAGAAUACAAUAUUUGUUCCUCUUGAUUUUUAUUAAAUGUUUUCCCCAUUUCUUUAUAAAAUUAGAACAAGCAGAGCAUUGCUACAUUGUUUGACUUCCGGUUUUAUGCCAUCACUUUGUUGCAUCAAUCAAACCAUACAGUAGUUGGGUUCUGAAAUGAUGCAUGCACCUUCAUGAAGUAAAAUGAGAACUGAAAGUUGAAACGUUGAUGAAACAAAUUCUAUUAGCCAUUAGCAUCCUCAGCCUGCCACGCUUAGAAUCAAACAGACAUAGCCUGAAUACUGUUUCAGUUAAAACAUUUCCUCACACUACCUUAAAAAUAUAUAUAUAUAUAGUUCAACCCAAAUAAUGUAAUUGUCAUUUACUUAACCUCACGUUCUUCCAAAACCAUGUAACUUUUCCUCCGUAGAAUACAAAGGAUGUUGUCUGUCACAAUUCACUUUCAUUUCAUCUUUUUUCCCAUAUAAUAAAAGUGUACGUUGACUGAGACUAGCAUUUUGCCUAACAUCUCAUUUUGUAUAUGACCAAGUCUUACAAGUUUGAAACAAUAUAACAGGGUAGUAAAUGAUGACAGAAUAAGUUUUGGGUGAACUAUCCAUAUUAAACCCUUUCACAUGACUUGCUUUAAUGUUACCCAAUUAAUUGAGCUCCUCAAAAGGAGUGUUACCCAAAUGUGCAUUGGUCAAGUGUUGCAACACAACUCAAAGCUCAUACUAGUUCAAAGUGCAUCAAAUGAUUGCCAAACAAUUUGUAUGAUAUUACAUGGACUUGGAAAAUCAGAAUCUGGCAUAUUGAUAUACAAAGAAAAUGUGUUGUCUUUUUUUCCUUCAGCCAAGUAUCGUAACAAUCGGCAGAGGUUUUUUGUUCUAAGCUCAAAUACAUUUCAUUUGUUUUUACUGUGUACACUUUCCGCGUUCAUGUUGCCUAAAAACAGAUUCAGUGACGCUUUCUGCAACAAUUUUCAUGUGGAGAAUUCAAAAUUUGAGCAUUUGAAGCUCUGAUGCAGGUCAUGUGAAAGGGCCUUUAGUAAAAUAAAAGGUAAAACAAUCCUCUAUUGCUUUGCAUCUCCAACAAAAACUACAGUGAGGGAGAAUAUGCAAAAAAUUUAAAAUGGAAGCAGUCCAAAAGCCAGUGUCAUUGUCCGUGGUUUGUGGUGCACCUUCAAGUUUUACAUUUGUUAAUGCAGAAAAAACAGUCUGCUGUAAAAGGUGAAUUUCUUCUUUUGAAGC